GCAUUGAGAUUUCUUGACAGAUGUCCGAGGAGCUGUUAAAAACAGGACGGGUAUAUAAGACAGCGGGUCGGGACUGGAUUUUGUCAUUCAGGAGCCCGGAGCACUAACUUGGAGUUUCUCAGCAGGAACAACUAGCCACAGAACCGAUCAAGAUGUGCGACGACGACGAGACUACAGCUUUGGUGUGCGACAAUGGCUCCGGCCUGGUCAAAGCCGGUUUUGCCGGUGAUGACGCCCCCAGGGCUGUCUUCCCCUCCAUCGUCGGCCGUCCUCGUCACCAGGGUGUGAUGGUUGGUAUGGGUCAGAAAGACUCCUACGUUGGAGACGAAGCUCAGAGCAAGAGAGGUAUCCUGACCCUGAAGUACCCAAUCGAGCACGGUAUCAUCACCAACUGGGACGACAUGGAGAAGAUCUGGCACCACACCUUUUACAACGAGCUCCGCGUGGCCCCUGAGGAGCACCCAACCCUCCUCACUGAGGCCCCUCUGAAUCCCAAAGCUAACCGUGAGAAGAUGACACAGAUCAUGUUUGAGACCUUCAACGUCCCUGCCAUGUACGUGGCCAUCCAGGCUGUUCUGUCCCUGUAUGCUUCUGGCCGUACCACCGGUAUUGUACUGGAUUCUGGUGAUGGUGUGACCCACAAUGUGCCCGUCUAUGAGGGUUACGCUCUGCCCCACGCCAUCAUGCGUUUGGACCUGGCUGGUCGUGAUCUGACAGACUACCUGAUGAAGAUUCUGACAGAGCGUGGAUAUUCUUUCGUCACAACAGCUGAGCGUGAGAUCGUGCGUGACAUCAAGGAGAAGCUGUGCUAUGUUGCUCUGGACUUUGAGAACGAGAUGGCCACCGCAGCCUCCUCUUCCUCCCUCGAGAAGAGCUACGAGCUUCCUGACGGCCAGGUCAUCACCAUUGGUAAUGAGCGUUUCCGUUGCCCAGAGACCCUGUUCCAGCCUUCCUUCAUUGGUAUGGAGUCUGCUGGCAUUCAUGAGACCGCUUACAACAGCAUCAUGAAGUGUGAUAUUGACAUCAGGAAAGACCUUUAUGCCAACAACGUCCUGUCUGGUGGUACCACAAUGUACCCCGGUAUUGCUGACCGUAUGCAGAAAGAGAUCACAGCCCUGGCUCCCAGCACAAUGAAGAUUAAGAUCAUUGCUCCUCCUGAGCGCAAGUACUCCGUAUGGAUCGGCGGUUCCAUCCUGGCUUCCCUGUCCACCUUCCAGCAGAUGUGGAUCACCAAGCAGGAAUACGAUGAGGCCGGCCCCAGCAUCGUCCACCGCAAGUGCUUCUAAGCAGCCAAAUUACCGUCUUAUGACUACCUCCUGCUCAGAAAAACCAAGCGAGGUUACAUCCUCCUGUGGACGAGUUAUAUAACAACACUUGAUGCAAGAGCAAGCGACUCAAACUGUAAACGGGAAUAAAGACACUUACGUCAAGGAAGAAAUACCAAGCGUCCGCUGUUGGACAUAAAUGUAUUUAUUACUGACUUUCAUAGCUUGGUAUUUUGGCAGAAGCUUUAUUUGAAGUGGAAGGACCUUGUCUACCAUCACUGUGACGCUAACACUGCCAUACGUUCCACUGUACAACCCAUCCAAUCAAUGACUGACACAAAUCACACACCAACUGAGUAAUAAAAAUCUUGAAAUCUGUUUUUAAGCA